AUGUCAUUCGGAAACUUCAAGUUCGGAGCGUCCUCCUUAACUCAACCUGCCGCUCCUUCUUUGUCAGUAACGAACCCUACACCUGGUACUACUCCUGCUACAGCAGCCGCGCCAUUCUCUUUCGGAAACAGCACCACCUCACAACCUGCCACUGCAACAGCUCCGACCUCAGGAGGUGGGCUUUUCGGUAAUUUAGGUGGACAACAGCAACAGCAACAACAGCAACCAGCUCAAGGUAGUACUUCUCUGUUCGGGGCGAAACCCGCGACCACGACUGGAGGGGGAUUGUUUGGAUCGACUACAAAUCCACCUCAACAAACAGGCGGUACGGGCUUAUUCGGCUCUACUUCUACUCAACCUCAACAGCCUGCUACUUCCGGUGGACUAUUUGGAUCGACUAAUCAACCACAACAGCAACAGCAAACUACCACUAACACCGGAGGUGGGUUAUUUGGCUCAACCACUGGAAGUAGUGGAUUGUUUGGAUCAACCAAUCAACAACAGCAACAACCUCAACAAAGCAGUUUAUUCGGUUCCACCAAUCAAGCCCAACCUCAACAAACCUCAUCAUCCUCGAUAUUCGGUCAAGCUGGUCAACCUCAGUCGUCUUCACUAUUUGGUCAGACGGCUCCUAAUAACAACAGUAACGUGCAAAACCAGCAAUUACAAACUUCCACAUCGAACAAGAGUAAUAAUGGUGGGAUAAGUAAGACGACCAAGUUCUCGGAAUUACCUGAAGGCGUGCAAAAGUAUAUCGAACAGAUGGAUAACGUCAUCAAAAGUCAGAAAGCGCAAGGAUCAGGAAUGAACAUUGAAGGGUUAGGACGAGCCAUCUGGCAGACUAGUUUGGAUGUGAAGGCUGCUAAUGAGGAAUACUCUGCCAUCUCACAUACACUCAAAUCCAUUUCCUCCUCUCUUACCCAACUUCGAGAGAGGAUGAUCAGCGAAGGACGAGAUGUGGAACGAGUCAAGGAGAUAUGGGAUGUAUAUAGAUCUGCCGAAGGGAGGAUGGGUCAGGUCAGAUUGGGUGCAUAUAGGGACUUCCCUCAGGAGUUCUUCGCUAAGAUUGCGGAUCAGAUGGAAGAACGUGUAGCAAGGUACAAAAAGACUAUAUCUCAACUGAACCGAGCUAUCAUCUCGCUAUCUUCGGAAGCCCACACGCCUUCACCUCAAGCUAUAGCUCAGACGAUACAGAAUCAUCAACAAGCAAUGUUGACUUUAGCUGCGCAGUUGGACGGUUUACAAUUAAGAAUGAAUGGUCUGAGAUCUGCUUUUGCUGAGGAAUGGAGAGAGAAGACUGGAAGUGUUAGGGAUCCAUUCGAAAUUGCUCGAGAAGAGAAGGCUGUGAAAGCCUAA